GAUGUAAUUCCCGAAGCCCGAAUCAUUCAAUAAUCCAGAUCAGUCCAGAUGACGUCAAAACAUCUCCAUCACUCCAACGAAUUCACGUUCCUCAGGAAUUCAUGGAAAAUCCGUACCAAAAAUCAGACAUUGCCGUCCUCGUCUUAAAUUUUUUUGAAAGUCCAACAAUAAACUCGGAAAAAUAAUCAUCGCUGAAAAUUAAUUACAAGGUGUGACAAAAGUGUAGAACAAACCUAAAAAAUCAGCCGCAUCCGAUAGCGCGUUUCUAAAUAAUUGUAAUUAAUAAAUAAUUGAUUAAUUGACGAUGACAUCUGGGUGAUUGACAUUCUGGUGGUAAAUUAUUGACUCGAACGAGGUAAUCGAUUUGCUCAGGGGAAUCGAUAAGUCAAGAUGAGUAAAAUGACAGUUUUGUGUCGGUCAAGGGCUCAUUUUGGAGCUUUAGUCCUUGGGGGUGGAUUUAAGUUCUCCAGGAGUUGGUUGGGGGUGAGAGAAAUAUGUGGUGGAAAAAGGAGAAUGGGAGCUGCUAUGGGAGCCACUGCCAGUCCUGGAACACUUCCUGGGGCUCUGUCCAAACAACAGGCUAAGGAAUUAGCUGUCAAACUAACUAAUGAUGAGAGAACUGUUCUCAUCCAUGCACUACAGGAAUGCCAGUCUGAGAAAACAAGAGCUGAAUACGAAGUUUAUCACAGGUCAAUUGGCAGCUUUUCGAUGGCGGAGUAAAUUCGGACGACCCAGCAGUGUUCCUUCACUAGGAGAAGUUGAUCCCACUGGAAGCUACUGUGCAGUACCUGAUGACUGGCUUCUAAAAAAGUAUGUUCAAACAGUGCCACAGCCACAGCGGAAAGAUCUUAUGAGAGUGGCUGCAGCUAAUGCCAUUCCAUUCAUUGGAUUUGGAUUUCUGGAUAAUUUUAUAAUGAUUAUUGCUGGAGAGCAAAUCGAAACAUCAGUGGGGGCUGUGAUAACUAUAUCUACAAUGGCAGCAGCUGCCCUGGGGAACACAAUAUCUGAUAUCCUGGGGAUUGGAUCAGCGUAUUACGUCGAAUUACUCGCCCAAAAAAUUGGAUUUCAACCACCCAGAUUGACGCCAAUUCAACUCGAUCUGCCCAAGUCGAGAUUAGCCGCUAAUUUGGGUCGAGUAAUUGGAGUGACAAUUGGCUGCAUGCUGGGUAUGACUCCUCUGCUGUGGCUCCAUCAAGAGUUGAAAACAGACGACAGCCCCGAGCAAGAAGGGGAAUAAAUAGUUGACAAAAGGCCAUUUUGUGUCAUUUGUCAGUCAUUUUGUUAAUAGUCGCCAUAACCCCAAUCCGAAUAGUUUAUAAACAAAUCGCUGAGCGUCCAUGUUGUGUUUGCUUCGUGUACGGGAAAUGUAUAUAGUAUAUUGUUACGAGAUGUCUUCUAGAGUUUUUAAUUAUUUUUCAUGACUUUUUUAUUUUUUCUUCGCAAGUGACUCGAAAAUAAUUUUUAUGUGUGAAAUAGUUUAGAGGAGAAAUAGGAGAGGUGAAUAGGAUAAGGUAUAGAUGACUUGUAGUAAUUGGAGAAUUUAGAAUUGGAAAUUUAUGUGGACCAAGGAAUUGAAGAAUGGUAACAAUCAAGAUUCUGUUGUUUAGUCGAUUAGAAGAAGAUGAGUUCGAGUUCGAAUUCUGUUGUAAUUCCACUAUUACUCUAUAAUUUUGCUAAGAUAUUCAUUUCUGAAAUGAAGUUACGAAGAAUUAAAUUAUUUUAUUUUACAGCAGAAUUUCAACAUGUAAUUUGUUUAUUUUCGUUAACUCCUUCUUAAUUAUUAAAUCGGCAAAUUAUUGUCGAUCGACGAAAUAAAAUACAAAAAAACCUUGA